UCUCCCCUUCUUCUCCCUCACCCCUCGCCUCUCCUCCCCUUCCCCCUACUUUCCCCAUCCCCUUAAUUCCCCCGCUCCUCGCUCCGGGCCCUGCAGGCCGCGGGUUCCUCCCGGGGUCUCCGCGUCCCGCGGGGAGGAGGCUCGUCCCGAAGAAGCGUGCGCUGGAAGGGAAGUGGGAGUGGUGCUUGAAGUCGGCCACGUUUUAAGUUCAGAGGUUUUUUUUUUUUGGUUUAAGUUCAGAUUUUUGAAAAAGGAAAAACCUGGGAAGACAAAGUGAACAGAAUAUCUGAGUCAUUACAUCAGACAAUUAGGAAAUUGGACUGUAAUAAUUCACCAUGGCUUAUGGCUUGCCAAGAAAGAACGCAGUGGAAACCAUUUUGAGGUGCAAUUGUUAUAAAGUACAGGAACCCUGGGAACUUGUAUUACUCACAAAGACCUGGUACACAAGCCUAGCCAACAUCAAGUUGCCUUUCUUGGAAGAAAUUGCAUUUGGUAGUUCUAUACACCUCAAAAAAUGUAAAACCAUUAAGGAUGGUCUGCUCCCUUCAGCAGAAUCCAUCCAACUUGAAAGGGAGUAUGAAAUGAAGCGCUUGAAUAACCUGAAAUGUGAGGAAAAUGCAGCCGAGGAAAUUCAGUUUUCCCUAAGGGAAAGGCCAGUUGGUUUGAGAAGACCUCUCCCACCUAAGUGACAGUCAUCUCAUAGUUGAAUCUGUACUCUGUGCUUUCUGCAGCCAAAGAGGAUGAAGGGCUCUGACCUUCCACUGUGUGAAGUUUGGUGCAGUCAUCUGAAUGGACAGCCCCCUGGUGGAUGAGCCAGCUCCCGUGGGUUAGUUGACAGCUCUGAACAGAUCUUCUGGGUCCCAGUCCCAUAUUUGCACCUUUGUAUCACAGCAACAGUACUGUAAAUAAAUGAAA